UUCUGUUUUUUUUUUCUUUUUCGAAAGAAACAAAAUGUUGUAUUUAUUUGUUGGUUAUAGACUUAUUGUCUGAGGAAUUUACAUUUUAACUAGCAAGCGCAGGUGUAUUUACACUUUCUAACUUGGGACGAUUGUCUUUAUUUUGGAGAAACAAAAAACACAGUUCCUCGGUGUCUUUAUUGAGGUAAAUAAUAAUAAUAAUCUAAAAAGUUUUUUUUAAUAUAUAUAAGAAAUUAAAAGUAGUUCAAAGGAUUAGACACCAAGUAUCUGGCUUGCGCCUUUGCGCCUUUGCGCCCAUGCCUAACUUACAUGUAACUUACUUUCGUAAUGGAUUAUUAAUUAACUUGAAGGAACCAUUUAGCAAGUAAAAGUCCAAUGAACACGCUCCUGGAAGAUGUACAAAACCUACGUAAUGUUUUGAAAUUUGUAUUGGUUACUUGUUCAUUGUUCGGAAAAAAACAAUAAUUCCAUUAGCUUACAAAUCUGUAAGGAUUACUUUCAAGAUUAAAUCCUAUAAAAUAUUGACAUCCGUUAAAAAAGUUUAUAUUGCAAAGUCUUAAAUCCUUGAACUUGUUUCCAAAAUUUUAAACUCAACAAUCAAUCUUAAAAAACUACUUUCCAAUUUCUGUGUGUUAGAAAAUCUGGAGAAGUCAACUGAAAAUAUGUCAAAAAUAUACGUUACUAGAUAUAUAUAAGCAAUAGAAGUUAAUAAAAUAUACAUAAGAAGUUAUAUUGACAAUAUAGCAUAUUUUGGUCAACUAUCAAUAAUUUAUGAAGGAGUUAUCUUAUAACUAGUGUUACUUCAAACGAAUUCUUCAUGUAAAAAACAUUAUAAAUAUCAACAUCAUAUAAUGCAUCAAAUACACUAUAGACUUGUUUAACCAAAACAAAGUAUAUAAUCAAUGGCAUCAUCAUCACAUAUAUACAUUGCUCUCUUGGCUCUUUUUGCAGUCUCUUUAAAAUGUUGUUAUUGCCAAAAUGAAACGUUAGCUGCCGGCUGGGGCAACGCUGGUGUUACUUGGUACGGUGAGCCUGAGGGCGCCGGUAGCACAGGAGGAGCUUGUGGAUAUGGCAUGGUAGUGGCUAACCCACCGCUAUACGCGAUGGUUUCAGCCGGAGGCCCUUCACUAUUCAACAAUGGACAAGGAUGUGGAACAUGUUAUCAGAUUGUGUGCACCGGGACUGCAGCGUGUUCAGGGAGACCAAUAACGGUGACGAUAACCGACGAGUGUCCCGGUGGUCCUUGCGCCUCCGAACCAUUCCAUUUUGACCUUAGCGGCAAAGCUAUCGGUGCCUUAGCCAAACCUGGCCAAGCUGGUAGUCUUCGAGCCGCUGGUGUUCUACGUGUUAGUUAUAGACGAGCUCCUUGUUUAUAUAGAGGGACUAAUAUAGCUUUCCAUGUUGAUGCCGGAGCAACCCCUUUCUACAUGGCAUUUGUUGUGGAAUAUGAAAACGGUGACGGAGAUUUGGCCUCUGUUGAAAUUCAACCGGCUGGCGGAGGAUUUAUAGCCAUGCAAGAGAUGAGGUCCGCCCUGUGGAAAGUAAACUCCGGCAGUGCUCUGAGAGGUCCGUUCAACAUUAGACUUACAUCUCGCGAGUCUCGUAAAGUAGUGGUCGCUCAGGGGGUUAUUCCCGCAAAUUGGAGAGCCGAUCAGACUUACCGGUCAAUCAUUAACUUUUAGAGUUUCACUGUUGGUCAAAUUGUAUUUCACUCAUUUCGUCGCUCGCUCCUACACAAAAUACUGUGGAGAAGAAGCUUUUUUAAAAUUGUUUUUUUAGUAAUAAUCAAUUCUAUUAUAACAAAAACGAGUUUAUCAUAUGCGCCCAUAUAUUUACUAUUUUACUAAAUUAUCUAAAUCAAGGGAAUUCUCACUGUACAAGAAAUAUGAAAAAUAUAUGUCUAUGUUUUUAUCUUUUUUUUUUUGAAAACGUGUUUUUAUCUUCUAUACAAAUGCUAGGGACCUUUAUAUAAUUAUAAUUAAGAUAUAUAAUAUAACCAUAUGUCCCAUAUAUGGAAACA